AUGGGCCGUUUCGUUGGUGUCAGAUGGCGAGAGAAGUUCUUUAUGGUCGCUAUGCAGGAACCGGGUCCGGACAUGUCGCUGUUCGGCUCUCACCGCCAGCUUGUCUGCAGCGCCCCGAGUUUUGGGGUACUUGGGGGACCUAUGGCGGCCCGCUCGCCGUUGUUGGAAAGUUUGGUACUACACAAACAAAUCCACCGAUGUUUGGCUGGCCUGAUCGGGUUGAUUGCCUCUUCCAUCUCUCUGCUCCCUUGCUUCGAAAAAGAAAGAACUCCAGUCGAAAUCUUUGUCGACAUGACUGGCUGGCAUUCUGUGCCCUGGAGAGAAUCCUUCUUCAGCUCAGCAAAACCACUUUACUGCUGCAGUGAGCAUGGCAAUGCCGUUCGGACCUCCUCAAAACCACACCAUUUGACGACUUUUUUCGCAGGGCAGCAAGGCAUGGACCCAUCCGCCCGUAACGAGGACGAUCGUUGUUUAAGGACCUGUUCCUCCCUCUGGACCCUCUCCGGUUCGGACGAGCCAAUUUCAUCACGUCUCCGAUCUGGCCAGACACGGCCACUCGACUCCUUAUACGCGGAACCUAUAUCAUGA